AAAGGUUAGUAGUGACUGUAGAGAGGAAUGCCAGACCCACAGAGAUUUCACCUGCGGAGAACAGAGCAGACCUGACUGACUCACCUGCUGAGAGGACGGGAAGAAGAAGGGAAUCAUUUGCUCAGUCAGUCUUUCAAUCAGUCAGUUAGUAGAGUAGGAAACUCAGUGAGUCGAUUGUACAUCAGUGAUUCAGAGAUUCAGUGAAUCAGAUCCUGUAUGUGCUGUAGGUCAGAUAUUUGGCAGGUCAUUUGAAUCAGGUGAUUCAAACAGAAAUUGAACGAACCAGGUGACCAGGUGAUUCAGAUAGAGACAAGGUGAGCAGUUGACCCAGUCGAAGCAGGCACCAGUUGAUCCAAUCGAAGCAGGCACCAGUUGAUCCAGUCGAAGCAGGCACAAGUUGAACCAGUCGAAGCAGGCACCAGUUGAUCCAGUAUAAAUAUGCCCAGUUUGUCCAGUGUGGUCCCGUUCUCUCUGCUGCUGGUUCUCCUUCUGGCUGUUAUGGGUCAGGACUGUGCUACUUCCCGGGUCCAGAGGGAGGCCCGGUCCAGAGCCCGGUCCAGGGUGUGUGGGAAGAACAGGUUCUCUCACUGUGUGGACCUGGCCAAACUGCAGGAGCUGAUCCAGGAAGUCCAGAAAGACUUCACAAACACGUCUCAUGAUGACAGGAUCCUGUUAAAGACAGUCACCUUUGACAAGAUCAAGAAGCACAAGAAGUACCACGGCUGUGUCCUGCUCAAAAUCAUUGACUUUUAUCGGGAAGUUCUCCAGAGACAAGACAGAAAUUAUCCUGACCUCGGGGGCCUGCUGGAUGAAGUGAAGGAAUGCAUUCACCCAGUAAAGAUCUGUGAAAAGCUAUACCAGGAAGCUGCUGGGAAGCCAGUGAAUGAGUCUAAGAUAGAGGAAGAUUUGGAGCUGCUGUCGAAGGAUGCAGCCAUACUGCAGCUGCAGAGACUGAAGGCAGCCAGUAAAAAGGUGGUUGAGCUGUCCGAGAGGGCGACUCUGGACAAGGCCAUGGUAGAGCUACAGGGUCUAGAGGACUACAUUCAGGGGAGGGGCCUCCGCAGGAACUGAGGAAAUAAUCGGACCGCCAGGAACAACACACACACACACACACACAGACACACGCGUUACCGUGACUACAUAUACACAGUCCUGCGUUACAGUGACUACAUUUACCGUCUUGAUGUCACAUUUACUGGUUUUACCCUCGUGAGCUGUCGUUGCUUGUAGCCAUAUUCCCUUAGACAUGUUCUGACACGUCCCCUGUUGUUUGUCUAUUUCUUCAUCUACUUUGGAUAACUGUAAACAAUUUGAUUGACUUGGAAUUUUGAACUUGAACCAAUAUUCAGUUGGGGAGAAUGUUUGUGUCCACUGUUGCUGCUAGUACUACAUGUUAUAUUACUACUAGUACUACAUGUUAUAUUACUACUAGUACUAAAUGUCCUGUUACUACUAGUACUACAUGUUCUGUUACUACUAGUACUGCAUGUUCUGUUACUAC